AUGAAGGUGAGUGAAUCUACUCUACUAGAGUGCAGCAACGGGCGCUACACAGCGUCCGAAACGAACCCGUUCCGAGUCGACGGCGUGCCGCAGAAUGUUAUUGCCUCGGCAAUCGGGAAGCGCGAGCGCAGCCGCGCGCGAAAGAGCUGCAACGCGAGGAAAGUACACACGAGGGAGAGAGAGGGCAGUAAUGGAAGGAGGCAAGGGGUCAGCGAAAGUGCAUUGCCACGGCCACGACGCCCCACCGGAUGG